AGGGGCAGCUGGGUCUCUUCAUCAGACAUUCCUUUAAACCAUGGAGAAUUAUCUGUUUCAGCCAAUAAAAUAACCAUAUAAAUGCCAGUAUUUCCCUUUCGAAAAGGCUGACUGCUAUACAAAUACAUUGCCCUCACUGAUCAUUGUCAUAAAACACAAAUUCACAUCAAAGGAAACCCAGUAUGCCUCCAAAGUUCAAGAGGCACCUCCACGAUGAGGAGGUUACAGGUUCAGUUAAAAGUGAAAGGAGGAAUCUGUUGGAAGAAGACUCAGAUGAAGAAGAAGAUUUCUUCCUGAGGGGACCUUCUGCACCUAAGUUUGGACCAAGGAAUGACAAGAUCAGACAUGUACAGAACCAGGUGGAUGAAGUCAUCGAUGUCAUGCAAGAAAACAUCACAAGGGUGAUCGAAAGGGGAGAAAGGUUGGAUGAGCUGCAGGACAAGUCAGAAAGCUUAUCAGACAAUGCCACAGCCUUCAGCAGCAGAUCAAGACAGCUUAGGAGACAGAUGUGGUGGAGGGAGUGUAAGAUGAAAGCAAUUAUAGCACUGGUUUUUGUCAUCAUCCUACUAGUGAUUAUUGUUCCCAUAAUCCUAAAGUAUCGAUCCUAACUUUCUCUUCUUUGUGAAGAGCUCCUGGAGGUUCCUGUUCCUGUGGCUAUUCUGUACAGAACUGUCUGUUAUUUUUUGUUCUUUUGUUUUAACCCCUCUUGUCCCUCAAGGCCAUGCAGCGUAUUGAUUUACACUGCUGUUCCUUUGCAAUCGAAAAGAAUAAGUCUACAUUCCUCACGGAAAAUUCUUAUGGAAGGUUGUUAAUUGUAAAUUGGCAAAAUGGGGCAGGGAACCAUUCAUUCCCAAGAUAGAAAUAUCUUCAAGUUUAUUUGUUAUUUAUUGCCAACUCAUUAUGUUUUGAAAUUUCUUUUCAGAAGGGAGAGGUAAAACUGGUUCCAUUCAAACUUGCGUUUGGGUAAUGGAAUAAUCUUUCUUCCCAUGGGUUUGGUAAUCCAAAAACCAAAUAAGUACAUUUUAUACCAGAAUGUGCUUAUGAUUCGUUGCUGUACCAAAACCCAUGACAAUGUUGAAGUACUUGGUAGAAGAAAGAAGUAACAGCACUCACCACUUCUUGCUGGUGCAGUCCUUUGUUUAUUGAGCCAGUUAUGCCACACAGAACAAUGUUUCGGGGGGGGGGGGCGGUCUACACCUUCCUCUGUCAGGUUAAGUGUUAAAGUCAGAGCAAAACACAGCACCCUUUGCUGUUUAUGGAACCAUCCAUUCCCACUAAAGAAUAACUGAAAUAAUUAUAGCGUGCCAGAGCUUGCCUUCAUGCCUGCAUUAUUCUACCCUUCCAUACAAAUACAUAUUGUCUCAUCUGAAAAUGUUAAACAUUUUAUGACCAGUAGUUAAUGCUUUUGGCCUUCUCUGCUGGUAAAAAAGCAAGGUUUCAUUAUAGAGGCUUUUUUACUUGCCCUUAUUAUAUGAGUGGAGUUUUGUUUACAGGUUUUACUUUGAGCACCCAUUGUAAAACUUGAAGUGCAAGUAUUACAUCAUUUAUGAACGAUUUACAGAAUGAAUAGCUCCAAAAAUGUUUGUGGAUAUUGUAGAAAAUAUUUGAAGACUAAAGUUAAAGAUUUAGUAUCAAAUCUUUCACACCAGUGUUAUUAUAUAGGAUUUUACCAUUUCAUACUGUAAUUAUUCAAAAAAGAUUUAGUAUUUUAGAAUAGGCAACCCCUAGAUGUGGAAGGAUAUUCACAGGGAAUCCCCUAAAAAGAACAACAUUAUGAUUGUAGAGUCAUUGUGUGGGCACCCUUUGCAUUCCACUUUUGGAAAGCUAUUUAUGCUAUUAGCUAUUUUUGUUUUACUGAAGGAAGAAUCCAAUUUCCACAGUCUCAUUGUCUAAAGGUGGACAUACACGGGCAGAUUUAAACUGCUGAUUUAGGCCCUUAAGAGCAAUUCUGCAGCCAGUCAUCUGGCUGAAAAUAUCCGGGGAAAGAUCCACUCAUUCAGAAACGUUGCAGAAUGAGCAGAUCUCAGUCAGUCUCUUAGUGUAUGGCCAGCUUUAUAAUUUGGCACUACUUUGUCACUCAGAUAUAGAAACAAGUCUGCCAACUGAAUAGCUAGCAGUAGCAUUAUUAGUUACAUAGACAAAGGCCCUCUUCUAUGUACACCUACAUUAAGAUUUAUGGAUAAAUCUUUACAUACACCAUCAUUUAUUCUGGUAGUUUCCCAGUUUGCACAAAGCUAGUCUGCACAGAAUACAGGGCCCCAUGAAUUUCCAUAUCUAUAUUUUAGAUACAUUGAUAGAACUUGAUUUAUCUGUAGUCUAUUUCAUAAACCUUAUGAGUAAUUCUUGAUAAAGGUUUUAAAGCAUGUAAGGAAUAAGUGCAGAGGAAAGAUUUAAGUGCCAAGCUAUGCAGAAUAGCAAAUGCUUACUGUACUCCUAAUAAUUCAUGCCUUAAGUACAAGUAGACUUAUGUCAAUGAUAACGUUCUUAUUAGUUCCUCUUUCCUUCUCUUUUCCAAAAAGUCUAUUUAUAUAUAUAUAUAUAUAUAUAUAUAUAUAUAUAUAUAUAUAUAUAUAUAUAUAUAUAUAUGGGUUGAAAUGUUAAUUCUGUGUUAUGUUAUUUAUUUAUAUAAUUUAAACAUGAUUAUACCAUUUACAUGUCUGCUGCGGGUGUGAUGUUUUAUUACCAUUUGCUUAUUUUCUUGAUUUAAAGAAAUGAAUCACAGGCUAUUCCAGUGUUUUUGUUCAUGAGAUAUGUUCUGCACCAGUCCCACCUUUAAAAUCACUGUGACAAAAAUGCAUCCAUGAAUUUUCUAUAAAAUAAUUGCACUAAUUUCAAUAGGUCAUGGGAUUUUAAAGGAUAUUAUUUGCAACAUAUUGCUUUUUGUACUUUCUUAGAUAUUUGCCCUGCACAAUUUAUUUGGAAAAUGAAUGGUGACAAAAAGCAAUUCUCUCCAAUUCACAAGUCGCCCAAAAACUACAGGCAAAAAAAACCCUGGAUAUAUAUGGACACUUACUGUACCUGAUUGCACCUUUCUGAUGCCAGUUAGUGGUUGUAGCAUUUAAAAUGAUGGUUCUCAAACUACAUGGCUCCUCACUAGGAGGACUUGAGCACAGAAUCCAUCCAAGUCAUGGUGACCUGUGGGUAAAUCUGCACACCCAGACAUAAUUCCUUAUCAGUUGUCAAUGUUUGUGUAGCCAGAUUGUGUCAAUAUUAAUUACUUGAUCCUGAUUAGAUCUGAUGGAAUAGUCAUCUCCCUGUGUCCCUUUCAAAUACAAAUCUCAUGGCUGCCAAAAUGAUAGGAAAUGUGGUAUAUUCACUGUACAUUCAUGACCAGAAACUUCCAUGUAAUGCCAGCAUAAAAUAUAGGUAGCACGCCGAAAAACGAUAUUCCUCCAUGUCAGUGGCAAGGACAUUAGAUAGGAACAUCUGAGGAACCUUGUGGGUGGAGAUAAGGCAUAACACAGAGAAUGGAAAGAUGCCCAGGCAGAAUUCAGCAAUAAAUACAACACCAAGAAACAAUAUCAAAUCAAUGCCAACAUGUGCUAGAAUGUUUUCUAAAAAUGCUAAAAUGAAUAGUGACAGUGGAACUGGUGGACAGUAUGGUGGGCAUAACAGAAGCAUUUUUAAAUAAGAUCCAUUGCUGGGUCUACCAUGUACAGAAUGGAUUUGUACAGGAUGUCUUAUAUCAGUGCUCAGGGUUGUAAUUUAAAAAUAACAUGCAUGAAUCCUACAGGCUACAUAGCAUAGUAGUAAUAUGUGUAGAUGAUUGUUGGAGACUGUACCAAAAAUGAUUACCCAUGAGCACUUUAGCAUGAGGUCUGAUUUGAAAUGGUUAAGGUGACAAUCCAUGAACGAUUAAAAAUAAAACCUUUAAUCUAUGUAAAUCAUUAGCCCAAGGCAAGAAUGGGAAUAUAAAAUUAUAUUAUUAUACAAGUCAAAUGAGAUAUAUAUGAAAGUUAUAUAUUUCUCUAAACAAAAUGUCAGUCUACUGUACAGCGCUGUGUACAUAAGUAGCGCUUUAUAAAUAAAGAUAUACAUACAUA